AUGGAGGACUACCUCCGGGCCCGCUGGGAGGCCCUGGCCCUGCCGGUGGGCGCCCCCGAGGGCCGCGCCGUGGCGGCGAUGCGCCUGGCGCUCAUGGCGCAGGGCUUCGAGGAGGCCGCCGUGGCCGCCCUGGAGGCCCUGCCACCCCAGGACCGCGACGUCCUCGCGGCCGAGCUGGCGCGCACGGGGCUGCAGGCCCAGUUCGCCCGCGCGCCGGCCGAGGUGCGGGAGCAGCCGCUGGGGCCCGCGCUCCUGGUGUACUACGGCCCCGCCCUGAUCCAGACGGCGGGGCGGGAGCACCUGGGCGCGGCCCUGCGGGUGCUCGCUGCGGUGUUCCGGGCGGCCCGCGAGCUGUUCCCGCUGGACGGCGCCCCACAGGCGGCGCAGAGCACGGCGGUGAUCCGCAUAGAUGCCCUGAAGGCGCUGACGCCCGCGGAGGUGGCCGCCGGCGGGCCGUGGCUCCUGCAGCGCACCUCUCUGGGCGACGCCAUCGUCUCCAAGCUCUCGGGGCUGGGCCAUGCGGGCGACGUCAGUGCCGCUGGACUGGCAAUGGCCACCAUCCCGCUGCCGUGGGCAGGGUCAAACCUCCUGGAGAGCGAGAACCAGACGCUGAGUGGUUUGUAG